AACACUUCUUAUAUAUACGAAUAUAACACAAUGGAAUGCUUAUUUGGGAUCACUGGAAAGGAUUUUACUUUACUUGCUGCUGAUACUGUUUCAGCUCGUAGUAUUGUUGUGAUGAAAGGUACAGAAGAUAAAUCUCGACAACUUAGUCCCAAUACUGUUUUACUCUACUCUGGUGAACCAGGCGAUACUGUAAAUUUUGCCGAAUAUAUCCAACGCAAUAUCAAACUUUAUAGCAUUCGUAACGGUAUUGAACUAUCACCUAAAUCAAUCGCUACUUUUACUCGACGAGAAAUAGCUGAUUCACUUCGAAGCAGACAUCCUUAUUCCGUCAACAUGAUUUUGGGUGGAUACGAUACUAAAACUGAAAAAUCAGAAUUGUAUUGGAUUGAUUAUUUGGGUGCCAUGGCCUCUUUACCUUUUGCAGCUCAAGGAUACGGUGCUUACUUUUGUACAUCAUUGAUGGAUCGCUAUUAUAAACCCGACAUGAAUGUAGAGGAAGCCAAGAAACUGUUACAACGAUGCCUGGAUGAACUCAAGACUCGAUUUAUUGUCAAUAUGCCAAAGUUCAACGUCAAAUUGGUGACAAAGGAUGGUGUACAAGAUAUUGAAUUGUAGUUAGUUUCCAUUUAUCUAUUUUAUCGUUUAUUUUUAUUCCAAUAAAGACAUCAAAUACAAUGCA